AAAAUACUAGUAUUUAGAACUGGCAAAUCUUUUUAACAAAAAAAAAAAAAAGGAAACCGUAUAUUUACUGGUUAUAGCCUAGUCAAAGAGAAAAAUACAUAAAUAAAACUUCAAGGUAAUGGAAAGUGCGGAGGAGGUGGGCAAAGCUUUAAACCCGACCUGCUUUUUCUCAGCAAUAGACACCAGGCACUGCCUUAAAGCAUUCACCAACCUCUUUUCUCUCUUCUCCUUCCACAUCUUUUCAACCCUCCUUCCUAUAAAUAUUUACCUCUACACCAAUUAAAGCUUUAGGAUCGGUGCGUCAUAUUAUCUUCAUUUACGUUAUUUUUCUGUAUCUACACUCGUUAUAUCCCAGAAUUAAGGAUGAGUGAAUCGACUGAAGCUCCACGCCCCCGUCUAAAUGAGAGGAUCCUAUCGGCUAUGUCAAAGAGAUCGGUAGCUGCACAUCCAUGGCAUGAUCUUGAUAUUGGAUCUGAAGCUCCAACCGUUUUCAAUUGUGUUGUGGAGAUAUCAAAAGGCAGUAAGGUGAAAUAUGAACUUGACAAAAAGACCGGAAUGAUUAAGGUUGAUCGGAUUUUGUAUUCCUCAGUAGUCUAUCCUCACAAUUAUGGUUUCAUCCCUCGCACGCUAUGCGAAGACAAUGAUCCCAUGGAUUGUUUGGUUAUCAUGCAGGAGCCAGUUCUUCCUGGAUGUUUUCUGCGAGCCAGAACCCUUGGACUGAUGCCCAUGAUUGACCAGGGGGAGAAAGAUGAUAAGAUCAUUGCAGUUUGUGCAGAUGAUCCAGAAUACAAACAUUUUACCGAUAUCAAAGAUCUUCCCCCUCAUCGCCUUACCGAGAUCCGCCGUUUCUUUGAAGAUUACAAGAAAAAUGAGAACAAGGAGGUUGCAGUCAAUGAUAUUUUACCUGUAAACACAGCUAUUGAAGCCAUCCAGUAUUCAAUGGACCUUUACAACGAGUACAUUAUACAAACACUCAAGCAAUAGGCUCAAAAAAGGCUAUUUUCCAUUCAUUCAUGGAGGGAAACUGCAUCAUACUAAAUAAAAGCAUCUUAUCGACCGCAGUUGAAUGAGAAUGAUACCCCAUUGAUUACAUUUCUUUUUGUAGUUUCAAAUGAUUAUUAUCAACAUCAUUAUAAUUAUUUUCAUUGCUCAUUGGAUUAAAAUCUCUUGUGAAAAGAAAUGAUAAAAAAGAAUGUAUAAGUUUUUACUAGAACUAGAAAAAUAUCAAAUUCUCUUACACAUUUGCUACUUACUACGACUCUUCCUUGGAAUU